GAUAUGAAGUCGGGACUCUCACUCGCCCAGUGCUGAGGGAUGGCAGAGAUGGGUUACCGGAGGAGUGUGCGUGUGAAUGAACGACCCCACUUGGAAUAUCACUCUUAUCUUCGGCCACCAACGGGUGUGUCUCUCAUAGCUACAAACCAGCCACAAGGAUUCUAGAUGACUGGGGUGAGAGAUACGUCAAUCAGGGAAAAGGAUAUGCUGGAUCAGCGAAUGCCACUCCGUAUUCCAACAACUCCAACCGAAGCUUAUGUGUCUGCUCGUAAAGCACGGAUACCAAUGUCCCAGUUGGGGUAACUGUAACCUUGCAUUGUCUCCCUUUCCCUCUAGAUUUGCACUACUUGAGUCUCCUAACCUCUACUCUCGCACAUUUCUCUUGCAUCGCUCGUGUGGUCUUAGCCAAACGGGCCCGCGAGAUUUACGAUGGAGGCUGCAAAGGACAACAAAAUUACCCCGGCGGCACGGCCCGAAGGAUCACUUCGCGAUGGAUCCGUAGACGGCGAGAACGUCAAGAAGAACGACUACGAUGACGAUGUGGUUCAAGUCGUCGACAAGGCCGCCGAGCGCGCCCUCUGCAGAAAGUUGGACUUUCACAUCCUGCCUGUACUGGCCGUGAUGUACCUCUUCAACGCGCUUGAUAAGGGCAACCUGGGCAAUGCCGAAACUGACGGCCUGAGCACGGAUCUCGGCUUCAAAGAUGGCCAGUACAACCUCAUCGUCAGCAUCUUCUUCGUGCCCUUCGUAGCGGCCGCGCCUUUCGUUGCCCUGAUCGGCAAGAAAUUUGGCCCCGCCAUCGUCCUCCCGAUCCUCAUGUUCACCUUUGGCACAAUGACGAUGCUCAUGGCCGCCGCGCAAAACUUUGGAGGCGUCUUUGCGCUGCGGUGGUUCCUCGGCAUGGCGGAGUCGGCGUUCUUCCCGCUGGUCAUCUACUAUCUCACAACAUUUUACCGUCGCGGUGAGCUUGCGCGACGCCUCGCUGUCUUCUACGCUGCAUCCAACAUUGCAAACGCGUUUUCCGGCCUUCUGGCAUUCGGUGUUUUUCACAUUACCAACACCAAAUUGCAUCCCUGGCGAUGGCUGUUCAUCAUUGAAGCCACUGCGACCAUUCUGUUCUCAUUAUUUGCGUUCUGGUAUCUGCCACGCAGCGCUGCGGAGGCCAAAUUCCUCACAGAGGAACAGAAGCAGCUUGCCCACCAUCGCAUCCGAGUCGACAGCUCAUCCGUAGUCGGAGAGAAGAUGAAGAUCCGAGAAGCUGCCAAGGUUUUCAAGCACCCAACAACGUUCGGCUUCCUUGCCAUCGAAAUAUGUCUUGGCGUUCCACUCCAGAGCGUCGGCCUCUUCAUGCCCCAAAUCGUUCAGCGCCUAGGAUACAGCACCAUCAAGACGAACCUUUACACAGUUGCACCGAAUGUCAGCGGCGCUGCCAUGCUCCUCAUUCUUGCUUUCCUUUCGGAUUGGCGACGUCUCCGAUUCCCGUUCAUCGCCUUAGGUUUCAUGCUCACUUUCAUCGGCUUUAUCAUAUACGCUGCUAUUGACGACGUUGAAGCUGAAAUCAAGCUCGCGUACUAUGCGUGCUUUAUGAUGACCUGGGGAACUUCGGCACCCAGUGUGCUGCUGUCGACUUGGUACAACAACAAUGUUGUCAAUGAGAAUCAGCGUGUACUCUUAACUUCAAUCGGUGUCCCACUGGCCAACCUCAUGGGUCUUGUGAGCAGCAACAUCUUCCGCAAGCCAGAUGCUCCCAAAUACGCACCUGCAUUGAUUACAACCGCAGCAUUCGGUGUGGCUGGUGCCUCGUGCGCGCUGGCUCUAGGAUUCUAUAUGAUGUGGGAUAACCGAAGGAGAAAUCGGGCCGAGGGUAUUACCUUGACCGCUAGUGAAGUCCCGACAUCGAAGUUGGGCGAUGGACCUAGGAGCCCUCACUUCCGCUGGUUCUUGUAGGAGCACAGUGAUGAAUUCUCUCUGUGCAAAUUGUAAAAGGCGAUUAGGUGAAAACUUCCCCUAGGAAAGCUUAGACGUGCAUUAUUUCUUGAUCAUCCAUCUCAAGGAUAUUGAAUUGCACUCAUGAUUGUACACUGUUUGACGUGUCUGCACCUCCACGAGAGAUACCUGGGUGCGAUUUCCUUUAAAUGACAACCAUGGCAUUAUUUGAAACCCGCUGAAAUAAAGUUAUGCUGAGC